AUGAGGCCUCUCGGCUCCGUGACUCUCCUGGCCAUUUUUUUGUCUUUCCACCUCCAUCUUUGUGCAUCCUCACGCCUCCUCGCCGAACGUCCCUCGGCGGCUCCAAAUGGCCAACGCCAUCUCGCCGAACGUCCUGUGGCGGCUCCGAAUGGCCAGGCAGCAGCAGGUGCACCGGCGCCGGUUCCUCCCGCCGGGUCGCCGGAGAACAUCCGGGCCAACCUCCCGGUGAGCAUGCCCGCCAACAAGCCGGCCAAUGUCCCAGCUUACGGCAACCUUCCACCGGAGGUGCUGGCGAAGCUCCCGGCCAACGUGCCGCCGGACUUGCUGACCAGCAUCCCGCCGGAGACGCUGGCCAACAUCGAGGCGUCGCAGGGGCAGCUGCAGACGAGCGAGAUCCUGGCCACCAUCCCGGCGGUGCAGGGCCAGCUGCCGGCGAACCUGCCGCCCGAGGUGCUGGCCAAGCUCCCGGCGGUGCAGAACCAUCUGCCGGCGAACAUCACGCCCGAGAUGCUGGCCAGCCUCGUCGCGGCGCAGCAGCAGACUGCCGGCCAGCCUGGGGCGGCGGCUCUCCCCACCGACAUCCCGGAGAUCCCCAAGAUGCCCGACUUCUCUGGCCUCGCCAACAUCUCGUUCCCGCCGAUGCCGUCGGGGCCUAAGAUGCCGCAGCUGCCGCCCAACUUCUCGCUGUUUGGGUACGAGGUCCCCAUCCCCAAGUUCAUCAGCAAGAUGGUCGACGGCAAUGGCGGUGGUGACGGCGGCGGCGGCGGGCAAAACUGA